AUGAUUCAGGGUAUUCGAGGCUGGAAUAUUUUAGAAAUCAUGAGAAUCUCAAGAAGCAACCUUCAGAAGGCGCUCAUCUACUUCCAUAAUCUCCAAAAAUGGCCGAAAGAGUUGGCGGAAGAGAUGAAAACGUGCUGUUAUGUCAAAAAAGAUUUCAUCACGGAAGUCGAGGAGAAAUCGCUGCUCACCGAAGUCGAGCCACACAUGAAACGACUACGAUACGAGAAAAGUCAUUGGGACGACGCGAUUCACCUCUACCGAGAACGAGAGCAAAGGAAAUGGCGAGACGAGAAUCUGGAGGUGAUCUCCCGGAUUCGGAGCGAAUCGUUCGGUGUCAACACGGAACAUUUGACAUAUGUGCAUAUUUUGGAUUUGCAUAAAGAUGGAGUGAUUAAGCCCCAUAUCGACUCGAUUCGGUACUGCGGUGACGUCAUCACCGGUGUCUCCCUGCUCUCCGACGCCAUCAUGCGACUACGACACAAAAACCGAAAAGAGGAAUUGAUUGUGGACUUGCUGAUGCCAAGAAGAAGUCUAUAUCGAUUAGGAGGCCCCGGUCGAUACGAGUUCACCCAUGAAGUGCUCGGCGAGUCGGAAAGCUGUUGGGAAGGAGAAAAGGUGCCGAGAAACCGAAGAAUAUCGAUAAUUUGUCGGGAUUUGCCGAAAGUGACGAAUCGAGCGAAGGAGGAGGAGAUUCAGUUGAAACCGAUACCCGAGGAGAAUUGA